AUGUCACGCAUUGAAGUUGUGUCUCUCCCGCUGGACUACCGAGCUCUUGCUGCAUCUCAAGACACGGAUGAUGAACUCAAACAUUUUACUGACAACAAUUCAUCUCUUCAUUUGGAGAAGGUACUAGUGCCAGGAUCUUCAGCCUAUAUUUAUUGCGACACGUCAACGGGACGCCCACGACCAUUUUUGCCACAACGAUUCCGGCGUCACGCAUUUGAUCAGUUACACAACCUUAGUCACCCCGGUGCACGCGCAACAGCUCACUUAGUUUCAGAACGAUUUGUGUGGCCAGCAAUGAAAAAGGAUUGCCGUUCCUGGGCACGUGCCUGCGUCCACUGUCAGCGAUCGAAAAUAAGCCGACACGUCUCAGCCCCACUGGGAAACUUUGAAACACCUUCACGCCGAUUCAAACAUGUUCAUGUCGAUAUCAUCGGUCCAUUGCCGCCAUCACAGUCCUUUAGGUACUGUCUGACGGUAAUCGACCGUUUCACCCGUUGGCCGGAGGUGUAUCCACUCGAACGUAUAACAGCAGAUGAUGUCACUAAGGGUUUCCUCAAUUGCUGGAUUUCACGCUUCGGAGUACCUCAAUACGUUACGACUGACCGUGGUACUCAGUUUGUUUCAGCUACUUUAAAAACUUUAGCAAAACGUUUUGGUUUUACGCUUCGCCCCACUACCAGUUGGCAUCCUGCUGCAAACGGAUUCGUCGAACGAAUGCACCGACAACUAAAGGCAGCCAUCAUGGCCCACGCAAAAGACUCGUGGACUGAGUCACUGCCUAUCGUGCUUCUCGGAAUACGUUCUGCGUUUAAGGAAGACUUAAAAGCCACGUCUGCGGAACUUGUUUAUGGUGAGCCUCUUAAUCUUCCUGGUGAUUUCUUCACAGACAAGCAAGAUAAUAGCAGUACGAACGACCCUACUAGCUUACUAGAUCGUCUUCGCAGUGUUAUGAAUAAAAUUCGUCCAGUACCUGCAUCUCGCCACUCAAAUCCACGAUCAUUUGUUUUUGCGGACCUUAAGGACUGUUCACACGUAUUUCUCAGGGAGGGAGGUGUCCGAGCAGCACUUCAACCGCCAUAUCAAGGUCCCUUCGAAGUAAUUGCCCGAAAUGACAAAACGUUCACAAUAAAAGUUCGAAAUCAAUCAGUUACGGUGACGAUUGAUAGAGUAAAACCUGCCUACCUCAUGGUGAACGAAAGCACAACCGUUAGCCAGGCACAUGCUCCACCAGCAACUGCCCCGGAUACGACCAAACAGAAACAACCGCCUAAUACCGAUCCAUCAACACAGCCAGUACGAACAACUCGCUCAGGCCGCCGAGUCAGAUUCCCGGACAUUUUUGACCCUAGCUAA